CGCCGAGUAAAGACAACUUCCCGCAAUACCGCUUUCCGCUCAGCUUCAGCUGCGAGUGUAAAAUAGUGCGCUUCUAGUUCAUCCCUUAAUGCUCUACGGAACCGUAAAAUAUUACUCGAAUCCCGGUCUAGUUUUCGCACACGACUUAUUGUAAGUUGGAUACUUCCAAAUUGCGACGGAAAUAAGUGUUUUUUGAUGGAUUAAAUAGUUUCGAGUCAUUGAACAUUUCGGUCCGCCAGUCAAAUAUGCGUCGAACAUCAGUAGCCCGCCUUCAGUCACAAUCCUCAGAGCCACAAAUCGUGAUCGAAGAACAAGAACAUGAAGAAGAAGCACAAAAAUCCCACAGUUCACAGCUUGGUUCCGAAGACAAUUCACCAACCAUGAACCCUUAUUUGUUGUCACCCUUUGCACGCGAAAUUAGAAAGCUUUCUUUGCCUAACCCGCAAUGCAGCGGCAUCACGGCCAGUCAAAUUCGAAGACUUUCGGACCGUGGCGAUGCUUCACCUGGUCCAAGACAAACCGAGUUUUUAGCCACCCUUUCACAAGCACCCCAAGUAUCACCAGGAGGCAGAAGGCAUUCAGUAGUUACUAUAUGUAAAGUGCCUCCUGCUUUUCUUGGAGGUAGAAGUCGCAGAGAGUCUGUAGCUGCUUUUCCCACAUUUCCCUCACGAAUUUUACCUGAUCGUAGAGAAUCCAUCGCAUGUCCUCCUUCAACUGAAUCGCGCGGCAGUGUCCAUAACCUACAAUUGGACAUAAUGGACGAUAUCGUUCAAGCCAGAAAAGUACGAAUGAAACUUUGGAAUACGAGCAGCGAAAAACUUUGCGAAGUUGAACCGAUGGAUGAAGCUGCAGGUAGUGCUCAACGAUACACAAAUUCCGGUAGAAGGUUUUCCGAUUUUAUUGGUACAACUCUUCCACCAAUUCCAAGUUCCACGAAACGUAGGGCAUCGGAACUUCCACCCGUACCGAGCACAAGUAAGGUUAAGUCUGGAAUUGUUUGCACUAAUAUUGAUCUGAUAUCUAUUUUAUCUUCUCUUUCCACAUCUGCAACCGAAAUCAAUCAGUGGGAGAAGGAAGUCCCGACCCCGACUCUUCUGCCACAACAGAAAGCUAGAACUAAGGAAAAACCUCAUCCACUUAAAACUAGCAGAUCAAAUAGUUUCGAUGUUUCUGUCCUCAGAGGCUUGGGAAUUUCAUUAACUUCAAAAAAAACACAACAAGAAGGAGCCUCCAACUGGUUUACAAAGAGGCACCAACCAAAAACUGGCUUUAUAAGCGAAAAGAAACAAUUUUUGGAAAAUUUAUCUAAAAAAGUUGUCCGAAAAGAGCCCGGAAAAGCUGUAUGGACCCAAAAAACUGGUCCUUUAAUCGAUGCUCAUGCGCUGGGAUCUGCCAUCGAAGGAUUCUUGAAACAAGCAUCUCCAGAUUCAACCAGCGUGAAAGAAGUUCCUUCAUCUUCAACAAGUAGCAAGAGUGGUAAACUGGCUGACAGAGUAAUGGGUGCGGCAAAUAAAGUUUUUGGAGCUAAAUCGAAUUGGUUUUCUAAAGCUGAGGAAGAUCCAUCGACAGAAGCAUGCGAAUCUUCUCUGUGUGCCACGCUAAAAGAUCUUUUUGUAAAAUAGCUAAGUAAUGUAAGUGUGAGAGUAAAACGAAGUUAGUUCAUAUCUAGGAUCCUCAUAGUUUUAGUAGAACUGAUCACUUUUUAAUAAUGUGUGCCAUACUUAAUAUUUAUUUAAUAGAUCUAUGAGGGUAUUACUAAUUACUUUAUAAUAUGU